AUGAAGCCUUUGACCGGUAAAUCUUGGUCGUUCUACACUGCGAUGGUAGAAUCUAUUUUCUCAGAGAAUUUAGAACUACUAAAGUAUUUGGCUGGUAAAUUUGAAUUGAGUGGAGCAAAACCAUAUUUAGAGGCAAAAAAUAAUAUAUUUGAUACUGCCGUUUUAACUGAAGGAGCGACCUUUCGCGCAAUGGAUCUUGUCGCGGCCAAUGGCCAUUUCAAAACGAUGGUAUUUCUACAUCGAAAUAGGAAUGAAGGUUGUACCAAUCAAGCGUUUGACUCUGCCAAUAAAAUGGAUGUGGAGCUUAUGAAAAUGCUACUACGUAUAACAACCUUUGGAGUUACAGAAGCGGUAAUGAAUCUUGCUGUUAGAAAUGGAAGAUUGGAAUUGUUAAAACAAUCAUACAAAUUGUAUCUUAUCUCUUUAUAUCUAGACGAAGAUUCGAUUGUUACAUUUAAACCUUCGGGUCAAAGUUAUGAACACAAGUUAAAUGGAAUAGAGUAUUUUUUUGCUGUAUAUUACACAAGAGGUGGAAUGUAUUUCGAAGGUGAAUCUGUCGAUGUCGACCGUUUCCUAGAGGCAAUGAGCGAAGCAUUGGCAGAUUGUGACUUUAUGUUUGUAGAUUUGGAUCUUGAUAACAAUAUCGCAAAGUAUCCAUCACCUGCAACCAGUAAGAAUGUAGUUACACUUCAGAUCGAAGAGAGAUUAAACGAAUCGGUCUUUUCUAUCAACGAUUAUCUACCAACAAAGAAUAUCGAUCAAAGAAUGUUUGGAUUCGCUCCGACCGUUGAUGGACUACCGAUUGUCUCAUUCAAGCUUUCACGUGCAAAGGAUGGUUUCCUCAUUGGCUACUAUUUCAAUCAUGCAUACUUUGAUCAAUCGAGUAUCUUUUAUUUCCUAAAGUAUCAAUCACAUAUCUAUACCUAUGGAAAGGAUAAGAUGAAACUGAAGAAGCCUGAACUUGUUAGUUUGGAUUUCUUGGUUUCAAAGGAUUAUCAAGUGGAUUCCAUCGAACAGUUCAAAACAUUGGGAGAGGAACUUGGAUAUUAUUAUAAGAAUGCAACAGCAGCAAACGAUCAAGCAUCUUCAACUCCUUUGGAAAGUCUAGUACUUGAUAUUUAUUUUAAUACGGAGGAGUUUGACAAAUUGAAGAAACAGACCGAUAAAUAUUUGUCGACAAACGAUAUCAUUCAUGGUGUAUUGUUGAAAAUGUACUCAUUCAAUCCAUCAUACGGUGACGACGAUGACUUUUGCCUUAAAUACAAUUGUAAUAUGAGAAAGCUAAGUAAUUUGGGUGAAGAAUCCAUUGGUAAUAUAGUCUAUGGUGACUGUUUCAUCGUCAAGGUCAGGGAUAUGAGAAACAAAUCGAUCUUGGAGCUGGCCAUUGCCAAUAGAGAGUGUCUAGCAAAGCUAUCAUUAGACGGAAUGAAAAAAGAAACAACAUGGAUGCACUACGCUCAGCACUACAAACAGAAUCCCCAUCAAUUUGGAAAUGGUAAAGCUAAUCCUAUUGCUUGCAGAGCCAGCAGCUGGACAGGAUUCGACUAUGACACGAUCAGCUAUGGAACUGCUAAGCCAAAGCAAUUGAAAUGUCCAUGCAUCGCACAGUACGGAAAUAUAAAUAUGAUUACUUUUGAACAUAUAAAUCAAAAGAAAGUAUUUGUAACCUCCAUUUACAUACCAACUGAUUGUGUUGAUUCGAUAACCAACCUUGGAAAUACAUCCAAUUUAUUUACUUCUAAAAAAAUGGAUUGA